ACGACCGAGCUUUCAGAGAUCACCAAACUCUCAAUCUCUCUCUCACCCUCCCUCUCUCUCUCUCUCUCUCUCUCUUUCUCUCUAGCCCUACGAAUUGUCUCUUUAUAUAUCCAUAUAAUAAUCACUCGUAUUUCUAGUUUCCUCGUACAUUUGUCGAUCCCCCUUUCCGAUCCAACUGGCGAUUGAUCCUCACCGGCGUUUACCGGCACCGGAAAAGUACCUGGGGAAGCCGCAAAGAAAAUGCAGUAGGUUUUUUGGGGUUAUAAACGUGGGACCGACACAGUAUAAGGCCGAAAUGGUGGCCAGAUUGAUGCGGUGGCCGUGGCCGACGGGUUCGUCUAAGAAGUUCGCAGUGAGGCUUAUUUUAAGGGGAAUCGAUGGGUUCCCGGUGGAUAAAGAAUUAGGGGCGGAGACAAGGAUGAAAGCGGAGGUGAGAUGGAAGGGGAAGACAAGGGCACUGCGGUCGCUGAGGUCGAUGAAGAGGAACUGCACAAGAGAGGACGUGAUGAAUGGGGAUGGAGGGAAGGUGGAGUGGAACGAGGAGUUUGAGAGCGAGGUUGUGCUCACUGCGCAAAGGGAGAACGGUUUCAAUCCGUGGGAGAUCGAGAUCGCCGUCUUCUGUGGUCUGCAGCCAGGUAAUAAGAACAAAACAAUCGUGGUUGGAAUGACUUCAUUGAAUCUUGCUGAAUAUGCUUCUGCCCCUGGCGAAGAGUUCGAGCUAAAUCUUCCAUUGCUGCUGUGUGGUAGUGCUGAGUCUUGCCCAAUAAUUCAAUUGUCUUUGAGAUUGUUUGAGUUAAGACCUUUCCCGCAACAAAAGGAGGCAGUGCAGAAACCCGCAACUUCUCCAUCUUCCCUGGGAGAUAAAGAUGAACUUUCUUCUCUGAAAGCUGGAUUUCGAAGAGUAUUUAGAGAGUUUAUGCCUGGUAGGAAGUUCAGAAAGACACUCCGUGGCGACGGAAGUAGUGAUGGCAAGUCCUCUGUUAGGACUGAGGAUAGUUAUUAUGCUGAUACUGAUUCCAUGGAAGAUGAUGAACGUGAUGAAGAAAUUGAAUAUUGCAAAGAUAAUAGUACUACUCGAAAAUCUUUCUGUUAUGGUACAUUGGCAGCUGCAAAUAUGUUAGGUGUUACCAUUUAUAAUGAUAUAAAAAUGAAUGAUGAGCAUGAAGAUUUAAUUUACUACAGUCACAGAAGAUCCGAUGUUGAUUGUUCUCAUGUUGAGGAGGCUAUACCGUCCAUUCCCGAGAAAUCUCCUAAGCGAAGCAUCCUUCCCUGGAAAAAGAGAAAGUAUAGUUUUAGAUCUCCUAAAGCGAAAGGUGAACCUUUGUUGAAGAAAGCUUAUGGAGAAGAGGGAGGGGAUGACAUUGACUAUGACCGUCGUCUGCUUACUUCUUCUGAUGAAUCUUUAUCUGGAAAGAAGUCUGAUGAUGAUGGGUCUGCUCAUCAUUCAUCAAUAUCAGAUUUUGGAGAUGACAAUUUUGCUGUUGGCAGUUGGGAUUCAAAAGAAAUCAUUAGCCGUUGUGGACAGAUGAAGCUCUCCACUCAGGUCUUUUUUGCAUCCAUAGACCAGAGGAGUGAAAGAGCCGCUGGUCAGAGUGCAUGCACAGCACUAGUUGCUGUUAUAGCUGACUGGUUCCAAUCUAAUCAGAAUAUAAUGCCCGUCAAGUCUCAGUUAGACAGUCUCAUUCGUGAAGGUUCCUUUGAGUGGAGGAACUUAUGCAAAAACCAAACAUAUAGAGAACAGUUUCCUGACAAGCAUUUCGACCUUGAGACAAUUCUCCAGGCAAAGAUCCGCCCCCUAUCCGUUGUGUCUGGUAAGUCCUUCAUUGGAUUUUUUCGCCCCGAUCUUUGUGAGGAUAACAGAGGCUUUGAGUUCCUCCAUGGAGCCAUGUCCUUCGACAGCAUUUGGGAAGAGAUCAGUCAGGUCAGGUCUGAUUGCGUCUUCAUUGUUAGUUGGAAUGAUCACUUCUUUGUACUUAAGGUUGAGCGAGAUGCCUAUUACAUCAUAGACACACUUGGAGAGAGGCUCUAUGAGGGUUGCGAGCAGGCUUACAUAUUGAAGUUUGAUAAGAGCACAACCAUUCAUAAAUUACCAAGCAAAAAGGAAAUCAGUGCAAAUGGGAAGGAGGGGAGUUCUUGUGGAGAAGAAAGUGAAUGUGACAGACCUGAGGAGGAGCAGCAGCUUGUUUGUAAUGGAAAAGAAUCAUGUAAGGAAUACAUAAAGAGCUUCCUGGCUGCAAUUCCUAUCAGGGAGCUCCAGGCUGAUGCGAAGAAGGGAUUAAUGGCCUCUACUCCACUUCACCAACGCCUUCAGAUUGAGUUCCACUACACUGAGGCAUCAAAGGAUUUAUCGAACUUCGUUGCUUUUCCACCAUUACAGUCUACAGGAUCAAAUUCACUGAUCUCUUGGCCUGCAUAUCCAUCACCAUCUACAGAACAAACCCUCACUGUAUAGAACCCAACUGAUGUGAUUAUUAGCUGUUGAAGUCUCUUUUUAGCUUUUUCUUUGCAUAGAUGAAGUCCUAACUGCUACUGACUAAGGUGAGCCAUGCGGCAACCUUCUUAAUAGGGGGACUGUAUGGGUAAAAGCUAAAGAGAGCGGCCCAUAUCUUAGUUUCCAACUUACCUGAUGCUAACUGUAACACUUUUUUUUUCUUACAAAGCUGCAACUCUCUCUUUUCCUCUUGAUUUUGUAGUCAAAGUUGUCUUUAGUUUACUUCAUCAGUUUUCGGCUGGAAGAAUAACUACUGAUCUUAAUCACUGUCUAAUGUAUUCUUUUGGACUUUCUCAAAGUUAUAAAACAACCAUUU